UAGCCGUUCCGCGAAAUAUUCCACAUAGAUUAUUGAAAUAUGUGUAUGCUGUAUAAAAUGGUAAUGAGGUACAUAAACAUCUUAGUGAUUUUCAAAUAAAUACAAUAUACAGAAAAGUCAAACUCCAUUCUUUUCAGACAAAACUAAUACAAGUAAAUUGUACCAGUAGAAAAAGGAGCAAUAGAGGACUGAUAACAGAGAGAACCAGAUAAGAAAAAAUGAUGACCCAAACAGUUAUGCAACCAGUGAUGCAACCAGUGAUGCAACCAGCGAUGCAAACAUCGGUGCAACCAGUGAUGCAACCAGCGAUGCAAACAUUGAUGCAACCAGUGAUGCAACCGGUGAUGCAAACAUCGAUGCAACCAGUGAUGCAACCAGCGAUGCAACCAGUGAUGCAACCAGCUAUGCAACCAGUGAUGCAACCAGCGAUGCAACCAGUGAUGCAACCAGCGAUACAACCAGUGAUGCAACCAGCUAUGCAACCAGUGAUGCAACCAGCGAUGCAACCAGUGAUGCAACCAGCUAUGCAACCAGUGAUGCAACCAGCGAUGCAACCAGCGAUGCCAAAUCCAUAUGCUAAUUUGUCUGUGAAUCUCACGGAAUCUUCUUGGGGACCAUAUAUUACCCCUUACCUAGUACAACCUGAGCAGAACUUGAUGGCUGCUUUUGCAAACGGGGAACAAAUAUUUCCUGCACCAACGAAAAUAUUUACAGCACUGAAUUUAACACCUCUUAAUAGGGUGAAAGUGGUUAUAUUAGGACAAGAUCCCUAUACAGAUGGAAAUAAGGCAUGUGGUCUUGCUUUUUCUGUACCAGCUGGAUGUCCAAUGCCACCGUCACUGAGGAAUAUAUUCACUUGUUUACAAAAUGAUCCGAAUGUGAACUUCACAUCGCCAAUUCAUGGAGAUCUAACCGGCUGGGCUGAUCAGGGUGUUUUGCUGUUAAACACAAUUCUUACAGUUGGACAAAAGGCAUUAAGCCAUAAAGACUUUGGAUGGGAGAUGCUUACAGACAAUGUCAUCAAGACUAUCAGCGAUACUCAACCUCAUGUUGUUUUCAUUUUGCUCGGCGCGCAUGCCCAGUCUAAAAGCUCUUUAAUAGAUUCGUCGAAACACACAAUACUUACUGCUUCCCAUCCAGCUGCAUGGGCUCCCCAAAACACGUUACUAACUUCUAAAAUAUUUUCCGGUUGUAAUGAAGCUUUACAGCGGCAUUGCCAAACACCUGUCAACUGGUAAAUAUGACGACCUGCUAUUAUGAAGCUUUACAAUAGUAUGGACAAUCACCUAUCAGUUGGCAAGCAUGAUGAUCUGCUACUAUGAACACAGUGAUAUGGGCAAUAAUUGUUUUAACUGACAAAUAUGACGAUCUCUACUAUAAGAUUUAUAGUAGUAUGGGCAACCAACUAUCAGUUUGCAAACAUAACAAUCUAAUAGUAUAUAGCUAUACUAAUGGUAUGGGCAAUCAGCUUUAAGUUGGCAAACUUGACUUGAGUUAUACAGUACUUUGGGUAAUUUUAUAUAAAUUUGAAAUGACGAAGAAUGGAGCUUUACAUUGGUAAUGGAAACCGCUUGUUAGUUGGCAGUUAUGACGAUCUGCUACUGUAAAGCUUUAUAGUUACACGGGGAAUCACCUACUAGUAUCAUUUGGCAAAUAUGACUGUCUACAACUAAAAAGCUUCACAGUGACAUGGGCAAUCACCUAUCAGUUCGCAAGCAAGAUGAUCUACUUAUGCGUUUAUGAAGCUUUACAGUGGCAUGGACAAUUACCAAUCGAUUGGCAAAUGUGACGGUCCACUAUAGUGAUCAGCUUUACAAUAACAUGGGCAAUCACCAGUAAGUUGGCAAACAUGACAAUCUGCUAUAAUGAAUCCUUACAGUGGCAUGUGCAAUCGCCUGUCAAUAGGCAACAAAGAAUAUUGCAAUCUAUGUACAAUGUAUUACUAAGUUUGUUACAUUGUAUACAUCUUGUAAUAUCACUGUAUGGAAGUAGAUAAAAAUGAACUAUACCAUGAACACUUGGCGUUAAAUUACAGAUACAUUAAUACAGUUGGAACAUGCGUUAAACUGACUCGAAUUCUUUCAACUCGUGGCUUUCACAAAAAAAGUGCAUGUAACAAUAAAGUAUCAUUUGUUUUUAAUAUUCGCUAUUUGUGAACAUAGGAGAACCUUUUGUAUUUAAUAUCAAUUUUCAUUAACUAUUUAAAUGGUUGAUAAUAUGUUUUCUAAAAUAGAUAGAGUUAUUACAUAUUGUGUAUAUUUCUGUUUCUUAUUACACUGUUAACAACGUUAUCACAAGUCGCUAUACUGAAAACAUAUUUCUUAGUAUCUUAUAAUGAAUAAAAUGUAGUGCCUUUUUCAACAGAUAACUUCUCAAUAUAUAUUUGAAAAUAAGGGAUUCAUUUUGACAGAUUAAAAGAUUGUGAAGAGUUGUAAUUAGUGCCAGUGGAUUUAAACAAAAGGAGUUCUUACAUGACUUGAAUAGAGAAAACGACAGUUAGUUAGCUGUCAGUUUUUAUUGUUUUAUUGUACGAGUUGUAAACUACAGUAUAGAAGAGUCUUUUUAAGAAAAUCAAACUGUAAGGUAGAAAUAACUGCAAACUUUUAGUAAGGUCAGGUCUCUUUUCCACCUGUCAAAUUUUGUCAUUAGUUUACACGAGCUGUUAAUUAAAAUUAGUUUUAUCUCUCAACUCUUCACAUGCAUUGUUUUUGCAAGUUUCUUAUCAUGUAGUGUGUAAGAUAACAAUAAAUUUCAUAACAAUAGUUGCUCUAAAAAUGUUUUGUUAGGCUCAUUUAAGUCACAUAAUAAUUUCUAUUGCUUUGGUUUAUUGUUGGUAAAAAGGGCACCAAAACUCAUUCUUGAGGCAUAAGAAUUGUCCUUUUCUGAUGAGUUAAGAAAAAUAUUAGUGCGACUCUA